AUUGAAAUCAUGGUGAACUGGUAUAAGACAGACGCCUAAAGAUGUCUUUCCCAUUGAGUUUGUCUUGUGUUUAUUAGUAAAUUGCAGUGCACAAAGCUUUCAUUUUUUGCAAUUUCAGGGAGAGGUGACUGCUAGACAGUCCUCAAUUUUUUUUAGAGACUAAUUCUCAAACUCAAACUUGUAACCUGUUACUUUUGGUGGAAGGCAAUUGGCAUUGCACCAAGGCCCAACCUCUUAUUGGUAAAUUUUGCUAGGGUUAGUAAAUUCAUUCUUACCAGGAAAUGAAAAUAAUUUUAGCCAUACUGUUCUGUUUAUUGCUAGGAAAAAUCUUUGCUUUUCUGAAAUUGAUGCUGGUUCAUGGUUUGUUCAUAUGUCAAAUGUACUUUCACUAAAUGUAUAUUUACUAUUUUGUCCAAGACAGAGAAUUCAGCAAAAAAAUUAUAUUAAUAAGUAGAGAGAUUGUUUCUUGUAUUUUACAUAAGGUAAAAGUUAAUGGUCUUUUGAGCCCCCAUCAUUAUUAUUUACAAACCAUAUUCAACUGUCCUGUUCCUUGAUAUUGAAACCCAAACCAGAUCUUUAUACAAUGGGUUUCAAAUAUCAUAUCUGAACUUCAAUAACGGUUCUAUUAGUUCACAUGAGAAUAAAGGGGAGAAGGAAUUAUAAUCCUCUUUGGCAACCAACUGCUCAGCAAGUGAUGAUUGACAGAAUAUCAGCAGGUCCCAUAACUGUACUUCUUAUUGGAACAUGUACAAAUUUUGCCAUUUUCCUUAUGAGUAAUCCACAUCUAAAGAAAAACAUCAAGCAUAUUUAUAUCAUGGGUGGUGGUGUGAGGACAAAGAACCCGACUGGUAAUUUGUUCACAGAUUAUACUAGUAAUCCUUAUGCAGAGUCCAAUAUGUUUGGUGAUCCCUUUGCUGCAUACCAGGUUUUUCAUUCUGGUAUUCCCAUCACCCUUAUUCCUCUGGAUGCAACAAACUCCAUCCCAAUAAGUAAGAAUUUCUUUAACACAUUUGAGCAGAGUCAGAAUACAUACGAGGCACAAUACUGCUUCCAGUCAUUGAAAAAAGCUCGUGAUGCAUUGCAGCUUGGCGACAAAUUUUAUACGAAAUUUUUUAUGUGGGAUUCCUUUGCAUCUGGUGUGGCAACUUCAAUCAUGUGUAAAUCAAACAAGCCAAAUGGGGAAAAUGAAUUUGCUGAAAUGGAGUACAUGAAUAUAACUGUAGUUACUUCAAACGAACCUUAUGGGGUGAAUGAUGGCUCCAAUCUAUUCUUCGAUGGCCGUGACAUUCCAAGAUUCAAUUUAACAAAGGGUGGAGUACAUAGUGGUCAUGUUCAGACUGGACUUAGAGAUCCAUUCUGCAUUGUGAAGAAUGGGAAGGGAAAAUGUCAGGAUGGUUAUACAGCAGAGGUAACCGGUCCAGAAGCAGUUCACAUGCUAGUUGCCACUUAUGCAAAACCUAAUCAGAACAAUGACAGCACACUAAACAGACAAUUUUAUCGAAGUUUCUUGGAUGUUAUAAACUGCCCGCAACAUACGGGGAGAUUUAAUUUUACAACAGAAUUUCCUUAUUACAAAGAAGUUCUUUACAAACCAGAUUUUGGAUCAAACAAACUCGGGAAACCUGUUGUUUUUGACAUGGAUAUGAGUGCUGGAGAUUUUCUAACUCUGUUUUAUCUCCUUAAAGUACCUGUGGAAGUGAUCAACCUCAAGGCAAUAAUAGUAAGUCCAACCGGUUGGGCAAAUGCUGCAACAAUAGACAUCAUUUAUGAUUUACUUCAUAUGAUGGGUCGUGAUGACAUUCCAGUUGGUCUUGGAGAUAUAUUUGCAACGAACCAAUCUGAUGCAACCUUCUCAAGUGUUGGAGACUGCAAAUACAUUAAGGCUAUCCCACAUGGGAGUGGUGGACUUAUUGACUCUGACACUCUCUAUGGUCUGGCGCGAGAUUUGCCACGAAGCCCUAGAAGGUACACACAAGAGAACUCUUUAAAGGAUGGAGCACCUCAGAAGCAGCCUCUAGCAUUGGAAGUUUGGAAGUCAGUAGUGAAAACACUUGAUCCAGGAUCUAAGAUUACCAUACUGACCAAUGGACCCCUUACUAAUCUAGCAAAGAUUAUUCUAUCAGAGAAAAAUACCGCCUCUAUUUAUCACGAUGUAUAUAUAGUUGGAGGACACAUCAGCCGUGGUGACUGGGACAAAGGAAAUGUCUUUACUAUUCACUCCAAUGAAUUUGCAGAAUUCAAUAUGUUUCUUGACCCUUUGGCUGCAAAGACAGUCUUUGAUUCGAACCUUAACAUCACCCUCAUCCCACUUGGAAUCCAGCGUAGAGUCAGUUCAUUACCAAGGAUCUUAGAAAAGUUGCAGGAGACAAAAAGGACACCUGAAGCUAAGUUCGCCAGCCGAUUACUGUCAAUGCUAUAUGGCUUGCAACAAAGUCACGUUUUAUAUCAUCAUGUGGAUAUAUUCUCCCAGGAAAUCCUUGGUGCACUUGUACUUGCUGGUGAUCUGAAGCCAACCAUGCAAGUAAAACCUGUCAAAAUCUUAGCUGAAGGUGUUGAGUCCACAGAUGGACAAACUAUGAUUGAUGAAAAAGAUGGAAAACUAGUCAAAAUAUUGGAAGAUGUGAAUUAUACAGCUUAUUACGAUCUAUUUGCAAACAGGCUCAACGACCUGAAGCAGUCAGCUGUGAUAGGAAGUGUUGAUGAACAGAGAAGGCUGUGGAGUAGACAGCCCAAAUAACUUUCACAGAAUUAAGGCAAUUGUCUGACAGUAUGAAUUAACUUUUUCUUAUUGACAUGCAGCAUUUUCAGUUGUAUUGCUGCUGAUAUUCUUCACAGAGAAAUUUUAGUAAGACCAUGUUUCAUGAA